GACUAGUAGUCCGCGGCCUAUUUACCCAAGUUAGAAAUAGGGGCCCUGUGGAAACAUGAAGAGGGUAAACAGCUGUGUGAAGAGUGAUGAGCACAUCCUGGAGGAGUUGGAAACAGAAGGAGAGAGGCAACUGAAAAGCCUCCUUCAGCAUCAACUGGAUACCUCUGUCUCUAUUCAAGAAUGUAUGGCUAAGAAAGAGAGUUUUGCUCCUGGUACUGUGUACAAGCCCUUUGGGAAAGAAGCAGCUGGGACUAUGACAUUGUCCCAGUUCCAGACACUGCACGAGAAGGACCAGGAAACUGCUUCUCUUAGGGAACUAGGGCUCAAUGAAACAGAAAUCUUAAUCUGGAAAAGCCAUGUUUCCGGUGAAAAGAGGACAAGACUGAGGGCAACCCCUGAGGCAAUACAGAACCGUCUUCAAGAUAUUGAAAAACGGAUCACGGAGCGCCAACACAUCCUUUGCUUGCCACAAAGAUUUGCUAAGAGCAAACAGCUGACUCGGCGGGAAAUGGAAAUCGAAAAGUCUUUAUUUCAGGGUGCUGAUCGUCACUCCUUCCUUAAGGCUCUUUAUUACCAAGAUGACCCCCAAAAGAAGAACAAAGGUGAUCCCAUGAACAACCUGGAAAAUUUUUACCAAGAGAUGAUAAUGAAAAAACGUCUUGAAGAGUUCCAACUUAUGAGAGGUGAACCCUUUGCUUCCCACUCACUGGUGUCAGCUACAUCAGUGGGAGAUAGUGAUACAGCUGAGAACCCGCCAUUACUACAGGACAAGGGAAAACAGGCAGCACAGGGCCAAGGUCCCAGUCUCCAUGUGGCAAAAGUUAUUGAUUUUUCACCUCAGCAGUGUUGGACUGGGCCUAAGAAGCUGACGCAGCCAAUAGAAUCUGUCCCAGAAGAUGAGAUCCAGAGAAAUCGUUUGUCAGAGGAAGAGAUCCGAAAAAUUCCUAUGUUUUCUUCAUAUAAUCCAGGGGAGCCAAACAAGGUGUUAUAUCUGAAGAACCUCAGCCCUCGGGUAACUGAAAGGGAUCUUGUCUCAUUAUUCGCCCGGUUCCAGGAGAAAAAAGGACCUCCAAUUCAAUUUCGAAUGAUGACUGGACGCAUGAGAGGCCAGGCUUUCAUCACCUUUCCCAAUAAGGAGAUGGCAAGGCAAGCAUUGCAUCUAAUAAAUGGAUAUAAACUACAUGGGAAAAUAUUGGUCAUCGAAUUUGGAAAGAACAAAACACAACAGUCAGCUCUCCAGGCUGAUUCUCUCAGAUCCUGUGCUACAGAUAUCAGUGACAGCUAA